AUGGGCAAACUCAUCUGGCAUGAGUUGAGUCGUUACGUCUCCCUUACUGCAAGCAUAUAUGCAGUUUGGGCAAGCUUCUGGGGCGUGUUUUUCCGCAAGUUUUUUUGGGACUUCGCUGGUGGCAUACUGCGCGACCCCGGCGGUAUCCAACCGAACCCCCGCAUUAGUGUAUUCAUUACCCUCAUUGUCGGAAUCCCUGUCAUCCAGAUUAUGACCAUUGCAAUUGGUCUUGUCAUCAUUGCACUGGAAUGGCCUUUUGCCCCUAUCACACGCAUCGCUUUCCAUCGCAGCAUUCCAGUAAGGAUAAUCUUGCUCAUUUUCCAAGCCGUACUAGCGGCAUUGUUGUAUCAGGGACUCAUAUCGUCCGUCCUAAGCCAGUACGAAGCGGCGCUGUCGUCGGGGGACUUGUUUUUCUUCCCAUCUGAAACUUACCAGAAGGAGGACAUCGGUAUCGAAUUCGAGAUUCGUGUGUGUCCUGCGUUACAGAAAAAACCGGAACAGAGAACGGGGGAUGGACAGAUCCUGGCAUCGUACAAGCCAAGUGCUGAACCUGCGGGACAGCUAGAUCCAUUUGCGCCUCCCUAUUCACCUAACUUGUAUGUCGGCGACUUGGUCCUUGAGGAUGAGGGCACCACGGCAGAGUACGUGGUUCUGUUGAACAGAUAUUGCGUUGUUCCUCACCACUUUCUGCUGGUAACGAAAGGCACUAUAUCAUACAAGGCAGAGUAUCGUCCACAAACAUCUCCCCUCUUACCAAGCGAUGUGGUGCAAAUUUAUCAACUUUUGCUUGCUGCCCGCAGAGCAAACAAAAACUUCAUCGCAUUCUAUAAUUGUGGAAUUAAAAGCGGUGCAAGCCAGCCCCACAAACACAUCCAGUUCAUCGAAGUUGGACACGAUGGCCCACCCCUUGAGAAGAUCACCCGGGGCCUCAAGAUCGAAGCUUCGGGACGGCCUUUUGCGAUUCAGUUUCUGCCGUACGCGAACCACAUCUUUCGCCUUCCGGCACUCUCUCUAGACUCCACUCCCGCACAACUCCGCGAAACGCUUUUCCCUCCUUUCCACUCGCUCCUUGAUCUGGUGAUAUCAACAGUGCGACAUGAUCCGGACUACCCAUCAGGCUCUCCAUCGUACAACGUGAUCAUGACACUUGAACAUAUGUACCUGGUUCCACGGCGGUAUGAGACUUACACAAUACCCGGCACGGAUACUGUCGUUCACGUCAAUUCCCUGGGAUACGCUGGAAUGAUGCUAGUUAAGAGUGACUCCGACUUAGAAGAAAUCAAAAAGGUUGGGCCAGCGGAAAUUUUACGGGGAGUGGGCAUAGAAAGCGUUCACGACUUGCAGGUGUCGGGGUCGUUUUUAGACGCAGAGGGCUCAUGA